UGUUCACAUCUGACUGCGGUGGCAGUGGCUGUAUUUGUUGCAGUCGGCAACACCCUGAGGCUCACCAAAAACAGCCACAAAAACAACCAUUUCCUCUCCACGGAGAGAUAGGAGGGAAAAAGCUUCCUUGCAGCAGAGAUUCGGCUUUCCUGCUUCUGCCGCUCACAGCUCCGGCAUUUGCAGAAGAACGGGAGCAGCAGAGCAAACUUCCUUGGAGUGCACCAGCCUUCCCAGGCUCCUCGGGGGAGAAGCGUGCAUUUUUGCUCAGAAUUUGUUUUGGCGCGGAGAAUGAAAUUCUGCUGUGGCCGUGGGAUGUUCUGAAUUGGGGCGGCUGCAAAAGCGACCACUGAGCUCUCCCUGCCGAACCCUUAUGUGGCUCUCAGUCUCCUCUCACGGCUGUGCUCCGGAAGGCUGAGGCGGCCGGCCGCCUGCCUUUGCAGGCGUUUUCGCCCCAGCUGUCCAAGAACGCAACAUUUCCUCCGUCAACAUUUUGCAAAUUUGGUCUGAGAAAGAAUGCGCCUCCUCGUCUCCCAGCUCUUCACCAGCCUGGCUCUGCUCAAGGUGCAGGAAGGCGGAUAAGGCUCCGCUUGGGGAGACCGCGUCCUGGAAGCCACGUUCUUGCACUUUUUAUAUGGAUUUCUCCUCUGUGAUCUUUGCGCGAUCAGAAACACCCUAGGAGUUGACUUUGAGAAUGAAUGGUGAUGUUCUCUAGCCAUCCCUAACCUCGUCCUGCACCGGCCUUCCAUCUGCAGUCCUAACUCAAUGUACUGCAGCUGACUGGGACGCUUGGGAUCUUCGACAAAGAGUGGCAGCCAGCAGUGGAUGACAGUCAGAUAUGACUGUCCAGAAACUGGUAGCUACAGCUGUGUUGGUAGCUCUGGUCUCACUCAUCCUCAACAACGCCGCUGCCUUUACCCCCAACUGGGUGUACCAGACCUUGGAGGAUGGGCGGAAGCGCAGCGUGGGGCUAUGGAAGAUGUGCUGGCUGGCAGAGAAGGGAAGAGGAGGUGCGGGCACAGGUGCCAGGCACGGGCAAGGGGCGGAGCGUGAAUGUGAAUCCUUGGGCUGGGGUUCAGAGCCAGCUGGGUUCCAGGAGUCUCGUAGCACUGUCAAACUGCAGUUUGACAUGAUGCGAGCCUGUAACAUGAUUGCCACAGUGGCUCUGACAGCCGGUCAGCUCCUCUUCAUGUUGGGAUUAGUAGAACUGCCCAUCAUUCCCCAGGAUACCCAGUGGUGGGAAGAAGCCAUAGCUGCCGUGUUCCAGCUGGCCAGCUUUGUUCUGGUCAUUGGGCUGGUGACUUUCUAUCGCAUUGGACCCUACACCAGCCUGUCCUGGUCUUGCUACCUGAACAUUGGGGCUUGUCUCCUAGCCACGCUGGCUGCUGCCAUUCUCAUAUGGAACAUCCUUCACCGACGGGAGGACUGCAUGGCACCUAGAGUAAUCGUUAUCAGCCGCACGCUGACUGCUCGCUUCCGCCGUGGUCUGGAGAAUGACUAUGUUGAGUCACCAUGUUGAGAACAUGGGGGUGAAAACGGGGAAAUUCUCCAGAGAAGAAGAUUUACAAAAUGGAUUGUUUUCUAUAAAUAUGCCAUGUAAUUUAAGUAUUGAAGAAAACCACACUGUUCACUUUUCAAUUAAAGAAGCCCAGCAUUAUUACUUGGAUGGGCUACAUCUAUCUAUCUAUAUAUAUGUACAUUAUACACCAUCCUUCCCCUCUGAUGUACAGUGUAAAAUAUUAACAGCUCAGUCAUCCUGAUGGGACUUGUCAAAAGACAGGGAGAUUCAAACUGUGGCAGAUCUACACUAAGCAAGUUUUUGAGAACAUAUGGAAAUGGGGAAAAGACAAUCCAGUAUUCCAAGCUGAAACCUUGUAUCAGAAAAAGUUAUCCUGCACUCUAAUGAUAAAAGAACAAAUUCAAGGGCUCAACUAUAGAAAUUACCCUUUUUAGGAACUAACAGCAGUCUGAAAGAGGAGAUGACAGCUUGCCCCAACUCACUAUUUUCAUCGACUUCAUACUAUUUGCAAUAUAGUUUUUGUAUUUACUUUUUAAAGAGACAACUAUCUAAAAUUUUAGGUGCUUCCAAUCUGGCUGAAAUAAUUAUUUCUACAUUGAAGCUUGGCAAACCCUACAAAUCCAGAAAGUACUGCACAAUUCUACCAUUUAUAAGACAUGGCAGGAAGGGUUUUUUUUCAUUAAAGGAAUUAGAAUUUAAGAUGCCGAGCUUGUCUUCUUUAAAUUUAAUGUGUCCGACAGCUUUGCAUGCCAUUAAAUUGUUGGCAAGGAGGUAUACCCUAAAGUCCACCAUCCUGAAAAGUUCUCCACUGAUAUAGUUAUGUUAAUACUCACAGUAGGAAUUGUUAGUUUUUCUUUCCAUCACCCCAUAGUAAUUAUUCAAUUCAAAACUGACUGCUGGGCAUUUUUAUAUUUGUUGCCAAUUUAUUAGAUUUGGGUGCUUAAGAUUCCCAGUCAAAUACAGAGAUAUGAACACAAACUAUCAGGAGGCGCAGGGGUGGGGUGGGAAAUACUGUCCACAGAGUUUACUGAAGAGAGAAAAAUAUUCCUUAUUUAGCCUAUGGGCAUGUA